GAGCUAUCAGCGACAAGUGACACUCAGGGAGGGGAAGCAGAGCAAACUGCAAUCUGCUGGGGGAAUCCAUCUUGCUCGAAAAAGCAACGAGGGUGUAGCAUUCCCCACCUUAGCAUCUCAGAAACGGUAUCGGUGCCCCUGUUGAGCGCACUGGGGAGCCCGAGGAGGGGCUGUGUCGCUGCCUGUAGGAUGUCCCGACAUGAGGGUGUGAGCUGUGAUGCAUGUUUAAAAGGGAACUUUAGAGGAAGACGGUUCAAGUGUUUAAUUUGCUACGACUACGACCUGUGCGCAUCGUGCUACGAGAGUGGAGCCACAACGACAAGACACACCACAGAGCACCCCAUGCAGUGUAUAUUAACCAGGGUAGACUAUGACUUGUAUUAUGGAGGAGACACUUUUUCAGUAGAGCAACCACAGUCAUUCACAUGUCCUUAUUGUGGCAAGAUGGGCUUCACAGAGACGUCCCUACAGGAGCAUGUCACUUCAGAACAUGCUGAGACAUCCACAGAGGUGAUUUGUCCCAUAUGUGCUGCUUUGCCAGGAGGGGACCCAAACCACGUCACAGACGACUUUACAGCUCACCUCACACUUGAACACAGAGCGCCAAGAGAUUUAGACGAGUCCAGCAGUGUUCGACAUGUACGUAGGAUGUUCCACCCUGGACGAGGACUGGGUGGUCCCAGAGCACGACGCACAAAUAUGCACUUUACUAGUGGCUCCACAGGAGGACUCUCAUCAUCCUCAUCACAGAGCUCAACCUACACCCCCAGUAAUAGAGAAGCAAUGGACCCAAUUGCAGAGUUGUUGUCUCAGCUGUCAGGUGUGCGGCGUGCAGCAGGGGGGCAAAUAAACUCAUCAGGGCCUUCAGCCUCGCAGCUCCAGCAGCUCCAGAUGCAACUGCAGUUGGAGCGGCAGCAGGCUCAGGCGGCGCGGCAGCAAGUGGAGACGGGGCGCCAUGCGACGCGACGCGGCAACAACCCGGGCAACACUGGCACCACCAUCCCUCCACCCAGCACUGCAACUGCUAACAGUGCCACUGUGGGUGAAAGCAAUCCCACGUCCUCGUCCCACAGCUCCCAGUUCCUAUUAGCACGGUUGAAUGAACCUAAGAUGUCCGAAGCAGAGCGGCAAUUCCUAGAAGGAGAGCGCGCCGACCGCAGCCUGUUUGUCCAGGAGCUGCUUUUGUCGACGCUGAUGCGCGAGGAGAGCUCCUCUUCCGACGAGGAGGAGCGCCGAGACUUCGCCGACUUCGGAGCCAUGGGCUGUGUGGAGAUCAUGCCUUUAGAUGUGGCACUGGAGAACCUCCAGCUUAGAGAGAGCAGCUUCACAGGGAAGGAGCCUCCGCCGCCUCCUCUUUGAUGUCCAAGCAUCAAGCAGACUGUGUCCACUGUGCUGCAACUGUCAGUGAUGGGCAGCAAACGGCAGCAGCCCCCACAGCCCUCCAUCCCUCCCUCUCCCCCUCUCUAUCUCUCCCUCCCUCCCUCCCCCUCUUCUCUCCCUCUCUUUUCUGAGUUUGUUUUCGGUGAUUGUAAUUUCAGGCCUGUCACCAUUUUUGUUACAUUGUAAACGAGAAUAAAUGAGAGCAAGUGGGAUAAAUGUAUGAGUGAGCAAUUGCAACUGAGUGAGAGAGCGAGAGGAGAGAAAUAUAUAAAUAUAUAUAUAUAUAAAAAUAUAUAUGAAGUUGAUAAUCAAACCACCUAACUUUUCUUUUCUUUAUCAGGUAAAUGUUACAGGCAGCUGUGGCAGACCUUUUGCUUCCUGUGACAUGCAAACAGCUCUCCAUCUUAAAAAAAAAAAAAAAAGAGAAAUACUCCACAUUCAAAAGUCAAGAGAGCGUAGGCUCCUCUGAUGAAGCUGCUGUGUGUGUUAAUGACUAUUAAUAAAUAAAAAGUGCUUGGAUGGGUUACCAUAACUACUGCAUGCAGUUAUUUGCAGCGUGCAUGACGUUUAAUGACCUUGUCAUUAAAACCUUUAUUUUUAAAGUAUCCCAAAGGUUUCAACUGUUUUUAAAUGGUUAUCACAAAACACGGUUAAGUACUGAGAAUUGAUAAGUUUGCCAAAACUGAUGGCAGAAAUUGAAUUCAAAACAAUGUUGGUUCAGUGGUUUUCUUUGAAUGACUUAAUAUAUAAUGAAGAGGACAUGGGUUUGAAUUAGGUUCUGCAGUAGCUUUUGAAGAAAUGCUGCAGUGUGUGUGUGUGUGAGAGAGACUGUGUGUGUGUGUGUGUGUCAUCUCCAGAUUUGCCUUUUCUCUGUGAGGAAUGUUUGAACAUGUCGACGGCUGAUGAGCGACGACCACGUGCAUCAGAAGGAACACAGACCGUUGCCUCUAAAAUCUUUCUUAGGUGUUAAAAUUUAGUAAGGAGACGUUUGGACACGGUUUGCUUUUUAAUUUAUAGACGAGUACGGAUGCGCUGCCCAUUCUUCUUCUUCCUUCACACACUUUUCUGAUUUUCACUCUGCUUAUGUUCAGUGCUCACCCUCAGCCACAUGCUUUAGAUGCUUUAAUCAUUUUUCUUUGGUGGGUAACCGGAGCUUUAGACUCUUCCACGUUGUUUUUUUGUUGUUUGUUUUUGGGUUGUUUUUUUUUGUUUAAGGAUAAAUCGUUCUUUUUUUUCUGCUAGGUUUAGCACUUUCUAUUUAUUCAUGUUUAUCUUCUGCCUCUUUUUGAGCCUUGGAAUGAUUCAUGCCACCUUCAUGCCUAUACUAUUACCCUCUUUGUAAAAUACAACGAGAUGUAUAUUGAACUUGUGCGUUCACUUUCAUAAUAAUGGCUCCAAGACAUGGGCGGACAGUUUUUUUUUGUUUGUUUUUGUUUUGUUUUUUAAGAAAAAUGUAAAUUUAGAUUACAAUAAAUAUAAACUGCACACAGCUUUUGAUGAAA